UGGCAAAGUUUUAAUAAGUUUCAAAAAGGGUUUGGGCCGUGUCAUUGAGAUUCGAAACCUUCUAAAUCACACAAAAGGUUUCCCACUCCAUCAACAGAUCUGAAAAUACUUCUCGCUGGAAGCCAUGUUAGUCUAUCGGGUUAAGCUCGCCAGUCGCCACUGCAUUUUCCGAGCAUUUUAAACAAAGAGACGAUGGGUUCAUCACAGUCACAAGUACUCGAUGAAGAAGAUGCAGAAAGCGAAGUUAUCGAAGAAGAAGAAGAAGAAGAGGAAGGUGCUAAUGGCGGAUCGAUCAGAAGAACAGAGCUGGAUAAUCUCUUGGUCAAGAAGGUUCUCGAGCAGGAGCCUGAGAUGCUUCCUUGUCACGCCUCCGCUUCUCCACUCUCUCCUCAGCUUUCUUCCCUCGGAACGCCUCGAAUCGGACCGUCAAUCAAAGUCUGGGACCCUUACAACGUCCUCGCGCCACCUCCUCCGCCUCUCUUAUCCCGUAUCUCCUCCGCCGGGGAACACGAUCGCGCAGCCGUGACGGAUGUCUAUUUCAUCAGCCACGGAGAGUGCGAUCUCAAUCUCAGGCCUGAUCUGAUUGGAGGGAGGUGCCACGUCGCCGCUCUCACCUCCAACGGAAAACGCCAGGCGAGAGCGCUCGCCGUGUUCUUAAACUCCGAAGGGGUUCGAUUCACCUCCGUCUUCUCUUCGCCACUGGAUCGAGCUAGAUCCAUGGCGGUUUCCGUUUGCCAGGAAAUGAAUUUUCCAGAGGAGCAUGUACAGUCCUCAGAUGCCAUUGUUGAGAUGAGUCUAGGAGACUGGGAAGGCUUCCAUAGAUCAGAGAUUUACACGCCUGAAACUCUAAGCUUGAUAGAAAGAUGUCAACCUGAUUUCUCAGCUCCGUCCGGCGAAUCACUCAGACAAGUAGAGUUUCGGAUGGUUCAGUUUUUGAACGGGACAAUCUCAGGACUUGCAGAGAAGCUCAGGUCAGAGCUUCUUCCGUCUACGCAUCACAGCAACGCGAGAGGAGUGUUCUCACAAAGCCCGCACUCGGUAGCAACCUCUAUUCAUCGCCCAAGCCUUACAAGGAAGAAAUCAGGGAAGAGCCGGUUUCAGGUGAUGAACACAACCGGUGACCACGAGGCUAACGAAGAGAUGUUUCAUCAUCAGAGUGAGGAACAACACUUGGGUGAUAUAAACGUCAAGAGCUCCUCUUCUCAACUAUCAACCUGCAUUGGAGUUUUCACACACUCUUUACCUAUAAAGUGUCUUUUAACCGGUGUCCUCGGAUGCAGCUCGGUUAUGACACAAAAGAUCUGUGUGGAGGAUUCCUCUGUGACAGUGUUACAGCACUCUUGGAGAACUGGUUGGCAGAACAGUAAGAAAGAAGAAGAAACACCCAUGGCUCUGUCUUCUAGCUUCUCGCUUUCCGUGUUUCUCUUGAUCCUUGUAUCGAUUCAAUGGACUCAGGUUUACAGUGAAUCCACAAUCUCAGCUUCUCCUGCUGUUUUACCAUAUAUCAAUGCACCAGAUAUGUCUUCGUUUUUCCCUUCCCCGACCAAAAACCGGACUGGCGAUACAGCGGCUUCCCCUGUUCCAGAUGAAGAUGCACCUGGUCCAAGCUCAAGCCAGGUUAACGGGAAGAUUGCAGGCAGCUCCAUGCGGCUCCGUCCUGAUGUUUCCUUGGUUCUCGUCAUUGUUGGGAUCUGUGGCUUUCUAUCUGUACUUUAUUGA